CGCCGUCCAAAUAGGAGCUUGGACUCCACAGCCGCACUUCUUGAUUUGUUGUCUUCCAUCCAUCGCACAGGAGCUCGAAUUAGAAAAACUCAUCUCUUCAAAUUUGUAUUUGUGUUUGUGGAAGAGAAGAAUGGAUUUCGUAUGCUUAUAUGGUCCAAAUAGGUUAACACGGUAUGGACUAGGGAUAAAAGCUAUGUAAUCACACAUGGUGUUAAUAGAUUGGGAUUAAAAGCCACGUAAGCAAAAAAAAAAGUGCCACAUAGCGUAUUACUAACGGCCCAGUUGCUUAGACCCCGCGGGUGGUAACGGUAGGAAACCAGAAGCUUGGAUUUGUUGCAAAGUUCAUCACAGACCCCUGAUUGCAAACGGCCACAAUCACAGGUAUGUAAAGUGUACUUUUUUCCCUAAAAUCUACCAAAUUAAAUGAUCCGGUCCAUUAGAAAAUCACAUGCCCAGGAUCUGGAAUAAUCUAACCAAUCUCUUCGGUAUACGAAUUCAUCCGAUCUACCAUCUCAGCGGGACAGCGUACGCUAUAUUGCUCUCUCCGUUUGCAGCUCCUCUUCCCCUUAGGUCGGACGCAGUUCGUCUAACAUCCCAAGGAUGGAGUCUAGCAGGGGACAAGGUGGAAUUCAACUACUCUUAGCAGCAGAACAAGAAGCUCAACAAAUUGUCAAUGCUGCAAGGAGUGCAAAACAGGCUAGAUUGAAACAGGCUAAAGAAGAAGCUCAGAAGGAGAUAUCGGAGUUCCGUGCUCAUAUGGAAUCUGAAUUUCAGAAAAAGCUCGCACAGAGUAGUGGGGACUCUGGGGCAAAUGUUAAGCGUCUAGAGGUAGAGACUGAGGCCAAGAUUCAUCACCUGACAACAGAAGCUGCAAGAAUUUCUCAUGAUGUUGUCCACAUGCUUCUAAGGCAUGUUACUGCUGUGAAGCACUAGUCAUCCCCCUUGUGAGUUUUAUUUGAAGGACCGUGUGAGCUUUAUGUCAAACACCAUUUUCUCUCUCCCUCUCCUUCUGUGUGGUAAAUUCUUUUUCUAUUAAUCUGUGCAUUGCCAACUUGUAUUGUAAUUUUUUUCUUCUGAAUCAUCCCCAAUGGUUAGUUUCUCAUUGGUCUUGACUCCUGAUCCAAUAAAGCAGUGAAAUUCUAUGCAUUUUACCUUGGACUUUAAUUUUGUUUUGGAGGAGCAUCAACUCUGUUAUGACUUAUAAUGAUUGACAAUACUCCCUAUAUAUUGCAAGCCCUGGUGAGAAUGUGAGCUUGAUAUGUAC